AUGGAGGGAACCUGGAACCUGAUACCAUCCCAGCAACAUUAUCGAAAGGGACCAUUAUGCUGGUGGAGGACUCAUGGUUUGGGCAGGGAUCAUGCAAGAUACCNUGAGAAGAAAAAGCCAAAUAAACUACAAUAUUUUUUAGGAGAUGUAGAGAUUGAGACUGUUCCUGUUAGACAUUGUAAAGAUGCUUAUGGGAUUGUUUUAAAAAAGGAAAUGGCCUGGAAAAUCGUUUACUCCGGUGACACUGCACCUUGUCAGAAAUUAAUUGAUGCUGGUGAAAACUGUACUUUACUUAUACAUGAAGCAUCUAUUGAAGACGAUUGCAUGAAUGAAGCUUUGGCUCGGAAACAUAGUACACCAUCACAAGUUAUUGAUAUCGCAGAAAAGAUGAAUGCUCAACAUACCAUACUGACGCAUUUCAGCAAGCGUUACUUGGCUACUCCGAUUUUUGACAACACCAGUAAAAAUGUGGGCUGUGCUUUUGAUUUCAUGAAAGUUGAGAUGCAUCAAGUACCACUAGUUCAUCUUUUUCUGCCAGCUAUAAAGUGUCUUUUUCCAGAACAAAUAGAGAAACAUUCCGAACGUACAGCUAAUACUGUCAAUUUUGAAAACAGCUUUUUAAGGAAAAGCCAGAAUAUGAAAAUAUCAAGUGUCAAGUAAUUGUAAAAAGUCUGUAAUAAAAAUAUUUUGUAAUUUA